AUGGCGAACGACGAACAGAGAAGAGCUUUCGAGUCGUAUAUGGGCCGCGCGAAUAGUGACAACGGGCAAGUUCAGAGUCCAAGUCAGCCUCUUGCUCAGUAUCCUGGGUCAGUUGCUCAGCCGGGCAACCCAUAUCUUUAUCAACAAUUCCCUGGGCUCGGAGUGCCCCCUGCAGCACCGACACCGCCGCCGGCAGCAUCGUCUUCUGUCGCUUCGUUUCCAGGGUACCAAGGUGGAUAUUCUCAACCCAGCUAUGGACUGGGUGUAUAUGGUUCAAACGGUAUUCCGCAGCGUCCGCCGCCACUAGGUGACCCUCAAGCACAGCAACAGCAAGUGCAGCAACAGACGCCAACGGGAAGUGGAUUUCAAGGACACGUUCAAGGCUCUGGAAGCUACAGCGCGCAACCCCCGCCCCCCUUGAGCCAUAGUGGGUGGCCAUACAACCAUACAGAUAGUGGAAUGGCCAGUCACCGCGAUGUUCCUGUCACAGGGGCCGUCGUCCCAACAUAUCGCAGCCACACUCAAGAGGUGGUACGAUCAAGUUCGAGACACAGAAGGGAAGAGUAUUAUUAUCAUAGCCGUGACCCGGCUCAGACAGCUCAAGCACCGCUAGUAGAAGAAGUGGUCGUGCCAGUUAUGCUCUGUCAUACCUGCAGUCACUGCGGUCAGAUGCGUUCGGCAGGCUACCACCGAAAUAACCCAGUCGUCCCUGGCAAACCUUUGGUCUCUACGCCAUGUCGCAGAUGUAAGAAGAAGCUUGACAACUUAUAUCGGUCGAGUAGUCGCUAUACUCGCAUUCGCAAGUGUACAGCCGACGAGCCCUGCGAUUGGCCUAGAGAGCCAUUCCGAGUCGACGCUGGACAAGAUGAGUCUAGAGGUAGGCGAAGAAGUAGAGAGGAGGUUUAUGUGAACAGAUACUCUCCAAGUCGACCUCGGGUAGUGAGACGCGAGUCCAGCGUAGCACAUCUAGGUUUAGGAGCAUAUCAACAGUCAUCAAGAAAGGAACGAGGAGGGAGAAGAUCUUCAUCUAGUCCUUGCCAUUCUACAAGGUACACUGGCGGAGUGUGGCCCCCACCUGACAUUGUACGUCUGGAGCCAAGGCAGGCCGAUCAGCCGUGCUCUGUACCACUUGGGUCCUCUAUAAGCUAUGCAUCGAAGUCAGAAGAAGUAUGGCCUCCUCCAGACAUUGUUCGGACCCAUUCGUAUAGGGACGUGGAGAGAAAAUCGCUACGCCGCCAGAGUUCUAGGAUUAUCGAACUCAGUCCCUCUCCGCCGCCUUCCCGGCCAAAAUCAACCAGAGUUGUCUAUCGUAGCGAUUCGCAAGAACACCGACGUAGAAGUAUAAGUAAAUCACCUUCUCGCGUCAGAUCUCGCGGAGAAAGGCGAAGUGAAGAAGCAGAACCUCGUCUCACAUCGCACCCCCUGCCAUUUCGAACAGUCAUUUCUGACUGCCAACAUGCCUCUUUCCACGCAUCGGACGAGACCUGUAGCAAUGCCGAGUCAAUACCUCGCCAAAAUCCAGAAUCACCAACUUGUAGCAUCUUGAAACCCGGUAGCAUUGACCAUCGCGACACAACGUCUCAACGGAGAGCCAGCGUGCGCGCAAGCGAGCAAAGCGUGCACGUCGAGGUCGGAGGACCACCUCGUGUCCGAUUCAGCGGCGAGCGAAGAGAGGAGUUAUCAGACCGCGAACCGGCAAGACGAUCAAGAUACAACGAUGAAGACGGGUCCAGCAAAAAGAAGUCUGAGUAUUACCAAGAUCAUUCUCGCGAGCGCGUGCAGUAUGAAACCCGACCUCGACCACGCCCAAACCAAGACUUUGAAAAAGUCCGCACGAGGUACUGCUCCCCAGUACGUGACAGAGACUACGAAGAGGAAAUCAGAGUGGAUAAGCAACGUCGUAUCUCUCCCUCCCCUUCUCCUCCGAGAAUUAGAAGCAGAGAGUACGAGGAGAUUCGCGUUCGACACGUCUCUCCUCUUCCUGUCCGACGCUCAUUGCAUGAUCCGCUGCUCUCUGAUUGUGACCCGUCACCACCGCCACCUCCUCCUCUAUACCGCCAUGUAUCCCGCGCAAAGGCACUCGAUGAUAGACGCUCGGUGGCGUCGCCUUCUCCUCCAACUGCACAUUCCAGAGAGGAAGACCACACAGAUUGUAGUAGUACGGGCUCGGGGGAUGUGACGGUAGUGACGAGGACGUGGAAGGGCAUCGAUGAAAAUGGGCGGCCGGCGACGUUUGUGGAGGAGAGAAGGGAGGUCAAGAUGCUUGCGGAAGGGAGUGAGCGGGGUGGUGCUGCGAGGGAGUAUAGGGACUUGGGGUAUGGCGAUCGGGUUAGUAGUGCUGGGAACGUGUGGAGGGAUGUUUGA